AUGGAGGAAAAGACUUAUGUCAGCCGGCCAAGGAGAGGUAAGGAGAGGAGAAGGCUUGGAGAACAUGAGCAAAGGGAAAGGCUGUUGAUAGAAAGCAAACUUGUUAUUACUCUGCUUUGGUCAUUUGUGACUCUGGGAGAAGCAAGGAAGUCAUUUCUCAGUGUUCUGAAUAUAGAAAAGCCUGAAAUGCUGUUUUUCAUAAAAACUGAAGAAAGUGGGGUACCUGGAUCAAGUUAUGAAGAUGAUUGGCCAAACUCCAGCUGUCUCCUCUUGCAAAUAGAUGAUCUUAAACUGUUGCAAGUGGUGAAUGUGACAAAAACCUUAUAAAACCUAGUGACAGAUGAAGAUGGAAAGACAGCUGUGUAACUGUGGGAUUCUGAAGGUAGGCAAGGUUCAAGAAAUGUUAAAGUGCUUAAACAAAAAGAUGGUCUUCUUAAGGCACCAAUGCAUAUUGAUUGAAAUAUCCUAAUGCUUAUUUUACCGAUUUGCAUUUGGUGCAAUAUUGAAUUGCAGGUGUUUGAAACAGUGUGAGAGAGACCUUUGCCAAUAAUUCUUGGGUUACGGGAUUUUUUUUCUUAUGCCACUUUAUGGAUUGCCUUUGACGCAGAUCUGUUCUUAUACAUAUACAGUAGGGUGUUAGGGUUAUCAUGCACAUUUCAUAUUCUUGUUUCUAAAAUUAUAUAUAUACUUUUUUAUAUAACAUCAGUUGGAAUAGUCAAGUGUAGAAUACCUGAAAAAGCAAACUUCUUGGCGAGAAUAAUUAAUUCCGUUUUAAUGUCUAUAGGGAUUUAUUUGACUUUUAGAAUGUUUCUAAAAAUGGUUAACCUAGUGGUGCCUUUAUUGGGUGUCUUAGUUCCUGCUCUGGGUUUGUUGUUUGGGUACUCCUUUUCUAAAAUUUCUUUGCUGCCUCUUCCUGUUUGUAAACUUGUUGCUAUCAAAAGUGGGAUGCUAGUUUCUUAGCCCUUGCCAUUAUUCAGCUCUUUUUCACAGUCCAAGACCGACUUAGCUUCUGUGACUCAGUUUUCAGUGGUUAUGCGUUCUGGAUGUGAAAUGUUACUGUCUCUUUUCUACAAGGCUAAGGAAAGAUGUAUCCUUAUCAUAGAAGAUAAAAGGAAAAAGAAAUCCCGAACAAUUAAAGCAUUAUGGAAUUCUUACUCUGAAUGA